AUGUCGGGAGAAAGGAUAAAAACCCGAAACCCGUAUCCGAACGUCCGCGUGUCCGAGAAGGAGCGGCAGCACCUGAUCGACCUCGUGAGCGGCUUCAUCGAGGACCAUUUCAAGAAGUACGAAGAGUUCGUCGUCGUCGACAAGCGCCAGGUCGAUGAGCAGCACUGGGAGCACGUCAAGUCCAAAGACAACCUGCACGUCUACACGGAGCGUAUCCAUAAGAACCACCGGCGCAAGAGCAAGAGCGGGGAGGACGACGUUGAAAAAGACCUCGCAGUGAUGCUGAGCGUUGGAACGCUCGUCGGCGAGCUGGACGACCUCAUGUUCGGCCUCGUGACCCCGACCCAUGAGGCCAUGGCCAUCCGAACGUCGUACAUCGGCGAGGUCGACAACGGGGCAAUGUUGUGCCCGAUAGUGGACCCGACGGAAGAGGACCCGUUCCGGUCGAUCGGGGUCAAGUGGGUGAAGCUUGAGAUGCCCAUGCAGCCCAAGAGUCUCAUCAAGCCUCGCGACUUUGUGUAUGUCGAGGCCACGGGCUACCUGAACCUCGCUAACGGAGAGCGAAUCGGCUACAACGUGCUCCACUCCAUCGAAUUCCCGCUGACCACCCCUCAGUCGAGCAUGAUCCGCGGCAAUUUGUCGGUUUUCAGCUUCUUCCGGCAGAUUGAGACGAACGUCAUCGACAAUUUUACUUCCUGUGUCGUGGACCCUGGAGGCAAGGCGAUGCGGCUACUCUUCGUCCCGAUUUCAGCCAGAGCCAUGCUCACUGCGACCGAUUUCGCGUAUUGUGGCCAGAUGAAGAAGUUGUCGCGGCUGCUGCAGCAGAAAGUAUCGUCCUUCAAGCCGGACAAAAAGAGUCUCCAGGAGAAGAAGGAGUGCGUGAUCUGCGGGAAAAUAUCCUCCAAGAAGAUCCGUGGAUUUGGACCGAGUGUCUGUAAACUCUGCAGCGGGCGAGUGUGCUCCUCGUGCAAGAUUCGCAAACGAGUGAGCUAUAUUUCGAUGGAGGAUCAGUUGGUUCAGCGCAAAAUGGCCUUUUGCCCGCCGUGCAUCAGUAUGGCGACGAAUAGUAGCGCCCAGCAGGCCGCGCGAGACCAGGCAACGGGGGUCAAGCCGUACGAUGGCUCCUCUGCUUCUCCACACUCAAAUGAGUCAGUGACGGAGGUGUAUGACUAG